AUUCUGCUUUUAAAUUCGGCCCUAAGCCAUCCAAAGAAAAAAAAAGAAAAAAGGAAAAAACAAUUUCGAGCGGGAAAAUCUUGGUCUUCAUUUCUCAGUGCUCAAAGGAGCGGGAAGUGUAGAAUCUGAAGGAGAAAUGGCCGAUUGACUUUCCUCGCCAAAUCCGAAGCAUCAACGUGGGUUUAGGGUUUUUGAGUUUGGGGUUUCUUCACAAUUAAUCAAAUGAAUGCUGAAAACGAGAGGAAAGGGGAAGUAAUCGUGGAUUUUGAUUUCGAGAGUGACUCUGUAGCUUUGGAUCUCAGUGGUAAAGUCCAUCAGCUUCCCUGUGCCAUUAAAUUCGAUGGUCCUUGCUCUGUUUCUCAGUAUUUUAAACCCAAAUCCACUGGAAUUGAGUUUGAUGGCUUGAGUGUUGAGGAAGCUUAUUUCAGAGGAAGAAAGUUGCAGGGAGCUACCAUUUCCCUUCCGGAGGGUUACUCUGGCUAUGUGCUAGGGAAGAAGAGUCUUGGAAAGAGAAAAGCUUCUGAACAGGAUCAGAACUCAAGCCCUUGGCAGGUGAAGGCCAAAUUUGCAAACAUUACAUAUUGGAACCAUGACACCCUACCGUCACAAGACGAUACGUUCCAACGUUCUUUUCACUGGCUGACUGUUGCACAAGCAUUGCACAAACCCGUAACAGCAGAAGACUUGGCAUCUGCAUCUACUGCUCUCAAGAAUAUGAGUUGAUUAGGAUCAUGUGCUCUGAGAAGAAAAUUUCUAAAACUAGAAUGAUUCCAUACUAUGAUUUGUAUUUGGUAACAUUAUUAUCUAUUUUAACAAUUUAUUUAAUGGGUUUGGCAUUUUAAAUCA